ACGCUGUAUCCACUAUCCACAAUAACACGCCUUAACAGCAGCAGCCGUCGACCGUCCCGUUGUUACCUACUGCUUAAUAAGUAGUUAUUAUUUUUUUAACUUCGCCUCUCCGAGUUAAAAUAUCACAUUCCGCAGUUCUACCGAUUUAUUGUUGUAACAAUACAUAACGAUAUUAAUAUUUUUCGGCGACAGUUGUGAUUAAUCGCGUUUGUUGUUAUUAUUGUUAUCAUCGACAACCGAUAUUGCCGAAUAACUAUAGAUAAUUAUUGUUAAUUGGUGAUUACCGUUUUUUUUUCGCGUCGUUUGGACGGAUCGUCCCGCGUACUUGGCUUUCUGCAGUCUUUCCGAAAUUGUGGUCGUCGAAGUCAAACGAACGGCUGACGCCAGAGACACAAAAUCGUUGUUUGUCAUCAGCGACCGGCCGCGUCACCUCGACAAUGGGGGGAUUUUACAGUUAUUUCAAGAGUCUAUUUGGUGAAAAAGAACUGAGAAUUUUAAUCUUGGGCUUAGAUGGCGCAGGAAAGACAACUAUACUAUAUAGGUUACAAGUUGGUGAAGUUGUAACUACUAUUCCAACAAUAGGAUUCAAUGUUGAACAAGUUACUUAUAAAAAUAUUAAAUUCCAAGUUUGGGAUCUUGGAGGCCAAACAACCAUUAGGCCAUAUUGGAGGUGUUAUUAUUCAAAUACAGAUGCUGUAGUAUAUGUAAUUGAUUCAGUUGAUCGAGAAAGAAUGGGCAUAGCAAAAGACGAAUUGAUGUAUAUGUUGAAAGAAGAAGAACUAAAUGGUGCUAUAUUAACAAUAUUAGCUAACAAACAAGAUGUUGAGGGUUGUAUGAAUGUUACUGAGAUACAUCAAGCCCUUGGAUUAGACUCUUUAAAAAAUCGAACAUUCCAAAUAUUUAAAACAUCAGCCAAAAAAGGUAUAGGACUUGAUGAGGCUAUGGAUUGGCUUUGUAAUACUCUACAAAACCAUAAAUAAUAAAAUUCUGUGUUUAUUCUAUUUCAUUGUAAUUAGAAAAUUGUACAAAUUAAAAUGUUAUAAUGUUUAA